UUGAGUUUAGUUUGGGUCACAUUGCUGUGUAAAAAGAUGACACUAAACUGGAAAGAGUCAAGAUUUACGAGGAUUAUUUAGUAAUUUUUUUAAUAAAAUGUCUAUGGGUCAAACCGAAGCAAAUGGGACCAGCAUAGGUAGGGCACCUUGUUCGUUGUGGACGGGUUGAGCCAAAGGGCCUGUUUUCGUGCUGUGUGACUAUAACUUGUAUCCUGUCCUACAGGACUCUUUAUCAUCACCUGGCCUUGUGAGCAGCCUCUAACUAAUAAAAUCAUUUACCGUUAUAAUCUACGCUGCGGGCAGCAGCCGGUGGAUCACAAGCCGUGGGGCAGUGGUGGAGGAAUCCACGUGUGUGCGUGAGUGAGUCGCCAGCUGUGGAAAAGCCUGUGCGCGGUUAGGACUGAGGCCGGAGUCCAAAGAUCUUGUGCAAAGAUCCUAUAGCAGAUCUGCUAUAGGGAUCUUUGAUCUUGUGGGAGUAGCGCGGGGGAGUGGCCAGCUGUGGGGGAAGUCCAGUUAUGACAGCAGAGGUCGGCUGGCGAGCGAGCGUCAGAUUUUCCUUUCACUUUCAUUUUCGUGGGAAAUCAGAGAUACUCCACGGAAACUGGCCCUUCGACCCACCGAAGGCAUCGCCGACCAGCGAUCCUGCACACUAGGGACAAUUUUAUUUUUACCAUUUACAGAAGCCAAUUAACCUACAAAUCUGUCCGUCUUUGGAAUGUGUGAGGAAACCGGACGCGGUCACAGGGAGAAGAUACAAACUCCCUACAGACAGCACCAGUAGUCAGGAUCGAACCCGGGUCUCUGGCUGUAGAGCAGCAACUUGUCCGGGCACCAAAGUUCGAGCCGCAGUCCCCUCCCCUCCGCUGCCCGCCGCGGGAUGUCGGCGAUGGAACCUGGAUCAGAUGCCACUCUGUCAGGUGAAAGUGUGAUGUGUGGAGUUUGCUGUAACCAGCUGAGGAGACCCAAGCUGCUUCCAUGCCUGCACAGUGUCUGCCUGGAGUGCCUGCAGAAUGUGUGGGUGGGGCAGGACUUUGCCAUCUGUCCCAUCUGCAGUGCCCCCACAGACGGGGACAUCACCAAAGUACAAGACAACACACUGCUGGCCAAACUGGUGAGCAAAGUGCAGCUGCAGCAGAGGAUUGAUACUGGGCUGGACAUCUGGUGCAGUAUUUGCCAGACUUGUGGCAGUGAAGAGCCUGCCACUUUCCUGUGUUUCACGUGUGAUCAUUUCUUGUGCCUGAGAUGCUUCCAUGGCCAUCAGCUGUUGAUUGAGCAGCAUGGACACACGGUGAAGUCUCUGGAAAACCUGAAGGCCCUCAGCUGCGAGGAAUUUGCCAUUUUAUCAAGGAACGAGAGGCAGGCCACUUGUCCAGAACACAAGGACCAACAAAUCAGCUUUUUCUGCAAGACGUGUUCUACCAGCGCCUGCUGCAACUGCCUGCUGCUUCACCACACCCCCCAAGGUCACCUUUAUCACGACAUUAAGCAGGAGGUUCGGCAGGAGGGCGAAGCGUUGAAACAAAUGGUGGACGCGACACAGCAAACGUACAGUAGAUUUGCGGACAGUCACUCAGAACUGAUGACCCUGGAAGAAAGCAUGAACUUGAGAAGAAAUGAAAUUGAAGCUGCAGUGAAACAUCAGGCUUUUGUCAUCGAGCAAGAAAUCAUUGGUCAGGGAUGCAGCUUGAAGAGGGAAUUGGAGGAUAUAUGCAAGCUGGAACUAAGCAGACUGGCCAACAGGCUGAGACAAACAGAGCAAAUGUUGCACAGGAUGGAAGCUGGCCACAAGCUGGCCGACUUUAUACUGAGGCUUGGCACAAAUAACGAGAUGAAAGAUAUGAUAGAACCGAUUAGAUCAGGCCUGAUGGCCAUGGGGCAGGCAAUGCCCUUCGACUCGAGCAAGGAGGUCACCUCGAUGGAAUUCAGGGAAUGCCCUCUGGAAGUAAAGAACCUACUCGGUACUUUCCCCCUCAAAAGAGAACAUGGAGAGGAAGUGAAAAACCCAGAAAAUGAGGAGGAGCGGAGAGAGGAAGCGAAAGAUCCAGAAAAUGAAGAGUCUCCACAGGAAGCUUCCGGAAAAGUACAAGUUGAAAGUUCUCUUUCAAUGGAAGAUAAAAGUGCACCAGAUAGCCAGUCACAGCACCAGUCCAGUGAACACAGCUAUAGUGUGAGCAACACACCGCCCCAGCUCCCCUCGUCAACUACGACAGAGAACGGCAUCCUCAAUAUUUCCAGUGACACAGGCGAUGAAUGGCAGCAACCUGCGGCAGAGGAGUCAAUAAUGCUCUCGUCCGAUGACAGCGAGGAUGAUGGCAUCAUGGUUGUGGACUCCUCUGAGACUGCCGCCGUGCUGGUGCACCCCGAGAGCAGCAAAGAUCCAACUGACCACAGAGCAAACAACGGUUCUGGUUGGAUGAACGGGGAUUUGUUUCAGGAGGGUUCGUCGGGAAUGUGGCAGUGUCAGAAGCUGCGAGGCCAUCCUGUGGUCUUCUUCCAGAUCAAGACCACCGAUGUGGGAGACGAUGACAUUGUGCACCUAGCAGCAGUGAGUGGCGAGAAGGUCUUUAACGAUUACAUCAUGCCCUGCAACCCUAACUUGGCCGAUGUGGCCACUGCCCGUGGCUUUAGGGUUGUGGAUGGGGUACUGUACCUCCAUGGGGAAUGUCUGCCAGCCUGCAGCCUCCAGUAUGUCAUGGACUCUUUCCUCCACUUCCUGCAGCAGCUGGAGAUGCCUGUGUUGGCCGGAUAUGGCAUCUGGAACUGUGACUCUCCAACUCUUUGCAGAGUUUGGGAGAGACUGUCCAUGAAGAAUCAAUUUGCCCAGUGUAUUUCCGGAUUCUUGGACAUCCUGUGGUUGGCCGAGAAAAUUGUCCCCAAGUCGAUGGUCAAGAACUACCAGCUGAAGCAUUUAGUGAGCAUCUUGGUUGGCGAGCUGGAGGUUUGCAAUGAGCAUACCCUGCGGAGACUGUAUGUGGUUCUGCAGCCUAGUCUGCAGCAGGCAGAAGACAGCCAAUUCACUCUGUCCCAGUUGGAAUGUCACAUAUCCCUGCAGACUCUCAUCAAGUGCAAAGUGAUUUCCCGCCUGGUUGCAGACAAACUUGCCCUUCAAAAUAUCAGUCUUAAGACCUUGGAGGUGGCUUAUUGCAGCAACCCGAGGAUGGGCCUGAAAAACCUGAUGCAAGCCAGCAGGAACCUGGGUUUGUCAGACAUCGAUAGGAUCAUCAGGAAUAUCCGCGAAUUCUUGUGCCAGCGGGCGGGGACUGCGGGUAAAGUAUAAAUAGAACAGGGACCAGGGUAGUGUGGAUCAUCCAAUGUGUCGGAGAAUGUAAGGAACGUGCAAGGCCGUUCGUCUGCUGUGUCUAUCCAAGCCUAUCAAGGAACAGUGCUCCAGCCUAAUCCCACCCUCCCACGCUGGGUCUGGGGUCCGGUGGUCACAGCCCCUCUGGCCCACGCCCAGGCACUAUCUAAAUGUGGGCGCCGUUUCAGCCAUCACUCGCCUCCCAAAAAUAGACGACCACACCCCCCACCACUCCAGCAGGAGAAUGAUUUUCCUCACCACCCUUCUAAUCAUACAACAAAUGACAGUACACCAGAGGAACAGACCACCAGGACUGUGCCAGAUGUGAUGUCCUAAUCUGCCUGCACAUGAUCCAUAUCCCUCCAUUCCCUGUAUAAUCCAUUUGCCAAUCCAAAAGUGUAUUACAAGCCACUGUCCUUUCUGCUUCCACCACCACCCCGGCAGCACGUGUCAGGCACUCACCAUCUUUUGUGUAAAAAAACAAACUUGCCUGCACAUCUCCUUUAAACAAUGCCCCCUGACCAAAAGGCUAUGCCUUCUAGUAUUUGAUAUUUUCAUCCUGGGAAAAAGGUUCUAACUGUCUACCCUGCCUAUUCCCUCGGUAAUUUUACUCGGCAACUUUGCCACUCAUGUGGCCCCCUGGGGUUAUAUUCCUGCCCUUGUUUGAGGGGCGUCUCAACCAUACAUUGGCCCCCCAAUGUCAUGAAGUGGAAGUCUGGAGCGGGCCAGUCGGCAACAAUCCCUUACGGACAUAUGCUGAGAGAUCAACAAGGUUUGGGCUGACCAAAGAACGUCUUUCACUGAGUUUAUUACCUUCCAGCAGCACUUGACAUUCGUCUCCGAAUGUGUCCCUGGGAACAGUCCGUAAAUCAGAAAGUCCUCUGUUACGGAUUUGUUCAGCAUAAACCGAGACAGGGAGUCUAUUCAAGGGAGUCUUGAAUAGGUGGUCAACGGUCUCCUCUCCAUAGCAGCCGUCCCGAGGGCAGCGUGCGCUGGUAGUGAGGUUCCGAUGGUGCAGGAAGGAUCUGACUAGGAGGGCUCCUCUCACCACCAGCCAACCGAGAUCUUGGUGCUUGGUGGUGAGUUUUGGUGAUGAGACAUUUAGAAACCUAGAAAAUAGGUGCAGGAGGAGGCCAUUCAGCCCUUUGAGCUAGCACCGCCAUUCAUUGUGAUCAUGGCUGAUCGUCCCCUAUCAAUAACCCGUGCCUACCUUCUCCCCAUAUCCCUUGACUCCACUAGCCCCUAGACCUCUAUCUAACUCUCUUAAAUCCAUCCAGUGACUUGGCCACCACUGCCCUCUGUGGCAGGGAAUUCCAUAAAUUCACAACUCUCUGGGUGAAAAAGUUUUUUCUCACCUCAGUCUUAAAUGACCUCCCCUUUAUUCUAAGACUGUGGCCCUUGGUUCUGGACUCGCCCAACAUUGGGAACAUUUUUCCUGCAUCGAGCUUGUCCAGUCCUUUUAUAAUUUUAUAUGUUUAUAUAAGAUCCCUCCUCAUCCUUCUAAACUCCAGCGAAUACAAGACAAGCUGGGCAGUCUGCUCAGGGAACCACACCACAGGAUCCAUGGAGUCCAGCAGGACCACUGCCUGAUGGACGUGGCCAAAGGUGUUGGUCCGGAAGAACCUUUCCACAAAGGCCAGAUAGUCAUAGAGUGAUACAGUGUGGAAACAGGCCCAACUUACCCACAUUGGCCAACAUGUCCCAGUUACACUAGUCCCACCAGCCUGCGCUUGGUCCAAAUCCCUCCAGACCUGUCCUAUCCAUGUACCUGUCUAACUGUUUCUUAAACAAUGGGAUAGUCCCAGCCUCAACUACCUCCGAUGGCAGCUUGUUCCAUACACCUGCCAUCCUUUGUGUUACCCCUCGGAUUCCUAUUCAAUCUUUUCCCCUUUACCUUGAACCUAUGUCUUCUGGUCCUCGAAUCCCCUCCUCUGGGCAAGAGACUGUGCAUCUACCCGAUCUAUUCCUCUCAUGAUAUUGUACACCUUUAUAAGAUCACACCUCGUCCUCCUGCGCUCCAAGAAAUAGGGACCCAGCCUACUCAACCUCUCCCUAUAGCUCACACUCUCUAUGCCUGGUAACAUCCUCGUAAAUCCUUUCUGAACCAAGCAUGACCAUAUCUUUCCUAUAACAUGGCGGCCAGAACUGAACACAAUAUUCUAAAUACGGUCUCACCAACGUCUUAUACAACUGCAACAUGACCUCCCAACUUCUAUACUCAAUACUCUGACUGAUGAAGGCCAAUGUGCCAAAAGCCUUUUUCACCACCUUAUCUACCUGCGACUCGACCUUUAAAGAAUCAUGCACCUGCACUCCUAGAUCCCUCUGCACUGCAGCACUCCCCAGAGGCCUUCCAUUUACUGUGUAGGUCCUGCCCUUGUUAUACGUCCCAAAAUGCAACACCUCACAACACUAUUGUGGCAAUGUCCAGCUGACUGGCACAUUGCAUGGCAUCUGCACCAGGCGCAUCCUUCGCAACACUGAGGACAGGUAGAAUCCCAGGCAGUGACACCUAGUGCCCACGUCUUUUGGUCUAUGCAUAGCCUGAUGCAGCCACGCACAAAGGUGGCCAUCGAGAUGAGGGAAAUGUUGGGCAUGCUUUUGCCCCCGCUGUCUGCAUUGUGACCCAUUGGACCCGGUCCAUGUUUGACCCCUAGAUGAACUGGGUGAUCGCUGUGGCAGAGGAGCAGGGGAUGGGCCACACUUGCACCAAGUACAGCAGCCCCGAGAGCACCUUACACCUGAUGACCACAUUUUUCCCCGUUACAUAGAGGGAACGCUGCUUUCACAGAUCCAUUUUAUUCCCGUCUUUGACUAUCCGCUCCAGCCAAUUCGUGUCACACCAGGAGGUGCAGAUCCCCAGCGCCAUAUACCUGGAAGAACUCGUGAGAGGACACAAAGUGCUUCACUGACUUCAAACACUUCCAGCAUUUUAUACUGGUAAUGGCACAGUUGUUACUUGGGGAUUGUAAAUGUUUGAAUCAUUCACCAGUAACCCACUUUUCUUUGUAGUCAUUGAUCCUUGUGUCAUCAUUGCUGGAAUUGCCUCUCUCUGUCUGACAGGUGGAACUUUUCUUCCUGUGUUAGGAAACCAUUCUCCCAAUGACUUUGGUCAUGAGUGACAUAAAAGCAAACUGGCCCUUCGGCCCAAUGCCUCAGACCCUAGCAGCCCCAUCUAACUCAUCCCUCCUGCCUGCCAUUUGGCCCAUAUUCCUCUAAGGAUAUCCUGACCAUGCACCUGCCCAAAUGUCUUUUAAAUAUUGUUAUAGUAAUUGCCUCAUCUACCUCCUCAGGCAGCUUGUUCCACAUACCCACCAGCGUCUGUGUGAAAAAAAUUGCCCCUCGUGUCCCUCAUUACAUGGUCUCUGGUUCUUGGAAAAAAUAGUUUACAAAUCUUUGUGCUUUCCCCCCCAAUCUAUUCCCCUCCUGAUUCCAUACACCUCUGUAGGAUCACUUCUCAGCCCUUUGCGUUCAAAGGAAUUUGAGCCUACCUAACCUCUCCAAGUCAAGUCAACUGUAUUUGUCACAUACACAUACAAAAUGUGCAGCGAAAUGAAAGUGGCAAUACCUGCGGAUUGUGCAAAAACUACAGAACGGAAUAGAACAGAAUCAGUAUUUACAUGUUAGAAAAGACAUUUUUUUUUAAAGACACAAAACAACAGUAAAUUAGUACAGUAAAUUAGUCUCUGGUGAGAUAAGAGUUUACAGACCUGAUGGCCUGUGGGAAGAAACUCCGUCUCAUCCUCUCUGUUUUCACAGCAUGACAGCGGAGGUGUUUGCCUGACCAUAGCAGCUGGAACAGUCCGUUGCUGGGGUGGCAGGGGUCCCCCAUAAUGUUGCUGGCUCUGGAUCUGCACUUCCUGUUGUAUAGGUCCUGCAGGGGAGGCAAGUGUAGUUCCCAUAGUGCGUUAGGCCGAACGCACUACUCUCUGCAGAGCCUUCCAAAUAGCUAUUGCCUUCAAGUCUUGGGUGUGUCCUUGCGAAAUUUCUCUGCACUCUAUCCAGCUUAACAACAUUCUUCCUGUAAUAGGGUGAUCAAAACUGAACACAUUACUCAAAUAUGGCCUCAGCAGGUGACUCAACCAAGACCCCAUGUUAUGGAAGGGCUGUUUAGUAGCCAGGUAACAAAGGGAAAGAAGCUGUUCCUGAGUCUGGCGGUGCACGGUUUCAAGCUUCUUUACAUUCCGCUGGAUGGGAGGAAUAUGAGAAGGAAUGACUGGGGUGGAACACGUCUUUUAUUAAGUUGGCUGCUUUUCCGAGUCAGCGUGUAGUGUUAAUGGAGUCAAUGGUGGGAAGUCUGGUCUGUGUGAUGGACUGGGCUCCAUCCACAACUCUGCAAUUUCUUCUGUUCUUGGGCAGAGCUAUUCCCAAACCAAGCUGUGAUGCAUCCCGACAGUAUGCUUUCUAUGGUGCAUCUGCAGAAGUUCAUGCGAGUCACUGGAAAGAUGCCAAAUUUCCUCAGUCUCCUCUAAAAGGAGGAAUCCAUUCCUGGCUGUUGCAUCAAUGUGGUUGAUCAACGACAGAUCAUUGGUAAUAUUUAUUCCAAGGAGCUUGAAGCUCACUAAAUCAUUUUCAUUUGCUCGCCUUUGAUGCUGAUUGAGGCAUGUACUCCACCACGCUUCCUUAAGCCAAUAACAAGCUCCUUGGCCUUGCAGACGUUGAGGAAGAUGUUGUUCUGACACCAUGUCACUAAAUUAUUUAUCUCCUUCCUGUACUCUAGUCAUUGUAUGUGAUUCACGCCACCACCGUACAGUCAUCUGCAAACUUAUAGGUGGAAUUAGAACCAAAUUUAACAGUACAUUUGUUAUUUGCCCUCAAUAUAUCUCGAUUGUAAUCAUGUAUUGUCUUUCCGCUGACUGGAUAGCAUGCAUCAAAGGCUUUUCACUGUACCUCGGUACACGUGACAAUAAACUAAACUGAACUGUG